CGUGACGGCUCCACGGCCGCUGUAACCGCCCCCGACCUAAUCUCACCGCGUUCCGAAAGCAAAACAAAGAGCCUUUCCUCAUUCUUUGAUCAACUUCCCAUCUUUUUUUCCCAUCCGUCCAUCAUUUCCUUUUUGUUGUCUGGAUUCUCUUUUUGGAUUCGGCAUUCUUACUUACUUCCUCGUCACUCUCUUUUGACUGCCAAAACGGCUUCUUUCUUGAUUACCAUUUCCGAAUAAUCACACUCACGCUCUUUUAAUAGAAUUAGCUUCCAGCUGGUGCGACCUUGCUCGACGUUGUACCAACCCGCUUACACCACAUAUCGAUCACUUGCCCGAGAAUCGAUAAUCUAUAUUCGCCAACAUGAAGGUUUCCGCUACCCUCGCUGCUGGUGCCCUCGCCCUCGGCGUUGAGGCCAAGAACUACCUCGGUUUCAACUCUGGUGCCACCCUCGCCAACCGUGCCGCCAAGUUCAAGUCCGACUUCCAGGCUGAGUUCGAGACUGCUCAGAACCUGAAGACCGCCCCCGGCGACUUCAGCGCCGUCCGACUCUACACCAACAUCCAGGCCUACUCCGAGGAUGACCCCAUUGAGGCUUUCGAGGCUGCCAUCGACACCAAGACCGAGAUCCUCCUCGGUGUCUGGACUUCCGGCACUGACAACAUCGACAAGGAGAUCAGCGCCCUCAAGAAGGCCGUCGACAAGUACGGCUCCAAGCUGACCGACCUCGUCAUCGGUGUCUCCGUUGGUAGCGAGGAUCUCUACCGUAACUCCGUUACUGGCGUGAAGAACAAGGGUGGUGUCGGUGUUCAGCCCGAUGUCCUCGUUGACUUCAUCAACGACUUCAAGAAGGCUUUCAAGGGUACCCCCAUUGGCGAGAUCCCCGUUGGCCACGUCGACACCUGGGACGUCUGGGGCAACGCUACCAACAAGGCCGUCCUCGACGCCAUCGAUUUCAUUGGUGUGGAUGAGUACCCCUACUAUGAGAACGACAAGGGCAACAGCAUCGACAACGCUGCCAAGCUCUUCAACAAGGCGUACGAGGCCACCAUCGCCGCUUCCAAUGGCAAGCCUGUCUGGGUCACUGAGACUGGCUGGCCCUACAAGGGUCCCAACUGGGAUGAGGCCGUUCCUAGUGUGAAGAACGCCCAGAAGUACUGGCGCGACGUUGGCUGCAAGUACCUCUUCAACAAGACCCCCACUUUCUGGUACACUCUCCGCGACUCCAACCCCGACAACAAGAUGAAGUUCGCCAUCACUGAUAACCUCUCCACCACUCCUCUCUUCGAUCUCUCUUGCGACAAGGUUGACGACGAUGAGGAGACCACCAGCUCUGCCGUCCACUCCAAGACCAAGACUGAGUCCGGUGCUUCCACGGCCACUCACGCUUCUAACUCCACCGCUACCUUCACCACCUCUACUGCCUCUGCUACUAGCGGCUCCGGCGAUGAUGAGGAAGCUACUGGCACUGCCACCGCUACUGGCUCUGGCUCUAAGCCUACCUCUGGAUCCGGCUCUGGUUCUGGCUCUGGUUCUGAGGGUUCUGGAUCCAGCUCUGGCUCCGGUUCUGAGUCUGGUUCCGGCUCCGGCUCCGGCUCCGAGUCUGGCUCUGCCCCUGCUGAGACUCCCAGCACCGUCACCAACGGUGCUGCUUCUCUCGGCGUCUCCACUGCCGCCCUUGCCUUCCUUGCCCUGUUCGCUCUGUAAAUAUCCUGAAUGGAUCGUGGGUUGAAUGACGCCCAUUGCGUGUCUUGACUUUUUUCUCGCGCCCGAGAUCUGUUUCUUGUAUUAGUUAUGGGUAGAUUAGGAUAGACAAUGGUUGACUCUAUUUUCUUCUAACUCUUGCCAAGCUCUUUUGUGGUAUUUUUAUUAUUGGCUUUACUAACGGAUAACCGUUUACAAUGGCUUUCAUGUUAAGCAUUCGUCCCGCAAUUCUAACUGGCUCGGCUUAAGUGGGGCCGGGUAUUUCAAUUCAACUCAGCUGUGACACUGUAACAUCAAGUCGAACCACAGCGCAAAAAGAACAAAACCCCAGUCAUAGAGAGCAGAGAGAGCAAAAGAAAAGGGUCUGGCCGGGGAUUGAACCCGGGACCUCUCGCAAGCUAUGCUAUAGGGUUUUCCCUAAGCGAGAAUCAUACCACUAGACCACCAGACCGAGUUUGUCUUCGACACUCUUGUUGUAAUCACGUGACUAUUCCUUGCAUUUGGUGCCCCUAUAUUCAACCAAUCUACUGUUGAUGAUUGGCCUCUAGGGUGACUGAUGUCGAUUUCCAAGAACCUCAGUAAAGUCUGCCUCUGGCCUGAAGGUGGUGCAUUACAUGUCGUAGUACAGCCGCAAGAUGGCUGAUGCUCAGGUUGGUCGGGGUAAUUCUAGCCAAGUAAAGUGGCACAACCGUUGGGGCCAAUAAAGGUUAUGAGGUUCCGUCAAGGCGGCCGAUGAAUCAGAAGCUUGCUGCAUGAGUUCAUCCCUUGAUCAAUUCCAUUUUCGUUUACCUACCUUAUUCACAGACCCAUCUUUCAAUGAACUGCCAGUGUCGUAAGGUAGCUACGAUUAAGGACAGCCAGUUGAGAACGGAGAUUGAAUGCCUUGCCUUGAUGAACACUGUUGCGUGGUAGAAUAUAUGUCAAAAAGAGACUUUUCUUGAAUGUCAGUUUCAAGCGAGAAAAGCUCUAGCAAUCCUCUUGGGCAUCCUUCACUGCCUCUUUUCUCCAUUUGAGGCGUUUCCCGUACCAGAUCGGCUCUACUGGGAGGCAAGUGCAAGGCAACGUGCGACUGCCAUCGAUGAAGCAC